CCUUCCACUUCAGUACAUCAAACCAUUUCUAGUGUUGCUUAUGCAUUCGUUCUCGUUUGUCCGGCCAUUACUUGGCUUCAGCCCAAUCACUGCUCGUUCGAGUUUGAGCACUAUUCAGUUUCUCCGCCAUCGCUCACUCUCAGGCUUUGUGAUUUGUCGGCAACAUUUACUUCCCGCACGCGCGCAUGUGCCUCAGACAUGGGUAGUGAAUCGACUGGGCGUUCCACGCAAAGGGCAGCUCCUCCUACCCAGCUUUCUGACAGCUACAGGGAUAGCAGGGAUCGUGCUUGGCAUAGCUACGUGCACUGCGCCAAUCGUUCAUUGUGACAGUAAAGGCACUGGUACUGGUUCCACACCCGCUCCGCCUCCUCAGGCCCCACUCCCAGAGUCCACCGUCAAUCUGUAUGAAUUGACAUUUGGUACAGUAGCUGGCGUAUGCGCAGGUGUGUUCGUCAAGAAAGGUGCAAAAAUGGUCGCAUUCUUCUUGGGUGGUGUAUUCGUCCUCCUUCAAUACCUUGGGUCGAUGUCACUCGUCCGUGUCGAUUGGGGUCGCAUGGCUGCUCGAUUCGAGAACUUGUUGUAUACGAAAGACGCGUUAGGCAACAAAAGGCCACCCACUAUUUCGUCACUGUGGAGAUGGGUGGUGGACUUUUUAACAGCAGACUUUCAGCCAAGGGCAUCUUUCAUUGCUGGACUCGCGUUAGGGUUGCGCAUCGGUUGAAGCGACGUGUAGAGGGGACACUAUCCAAAUCGGGAAAAAGAAAAAAUAGCUCGUAAUUUGUCUCAGUCUGUACUAGUGUUUUCUG